AUGGGAAUACGCAACACCAAGGUGGAACCAACGAUGCUGACCGAUCACGAAAAGCGGAAGCAGAUCUCUGUGCGCGGCAUCGCUCAGGUCGAGAAUGUGAGCAACAUCAAGAAGGCCUUCAACCGGCACCUUCAUUUCUCCAUUAUAAAGGACCGAAAUGUUUCGACGCCCCGCGACUACUACUUUGCCUUGGCCAACACCGUCCGCGAUCAUCUCGUCAGCCGUUGGAUCCGCACGCAGCAGCACUACUACGAGAAAGACCCGAAGCGCGUCUACUAUCUGUCUCUGGAAUUCUACAUGGGCCGCACGUUGUCGAAUACGAUGAUGAACCUGGGGAUCCAGGCCACCGUUGAUGAGGCGCUUUAUCAGCUUGGCUUGGACAUCGAAGAACUUCAAGAAAUUGAAGAAGACGCCGGCCUUGGUAACGGUGGCCUCGGACGUUUGGCCGCUUGCUUCUUGGAUUCGAUGGCUACGUUGGGAAUCCCUGCCUGCGGCUACGGGCUUCGCUACGAGUACGGAAUCUUCAAGCAAUUGAUCAAGGACGGCUGGCAGUGUGAGGAACCUGAUGACUGGCUUCGUUUCGGAAAUCCGUGGGAGAAGGCGCGGCCCGAGUACAUGCUGCCUGUCAAUUUUUACGGACGUGUCGAGAAGGAUGACAAAGGAAAGGCCAAAUGGGUCGACACGCAGCUCGUCUUUGCUAUGCCGUACGAUACCCCGGUCCCGGGUUACAAGAACAACGUCGUCAAUACUUUACGUCUGUGGUCUGCCAAGGCUGAGAACCACUUCCAUCUGAAGUUCUUCAAUGAUGGUGAUUACGUGCAAGCCGUCAUGGAUCGCAAUCUGUCGGAGAACAUCACUCGUGUGCUCUACCCGAACGACAACAUGUUUGUUGGCAAGGAAUUGCGCUUGAAGCAGCAGUAUUUCCUGGUUGCUGCCUCACUGCAGGACAUCAUUCGCCGUUUCAAGUCGUCGAAAUACGGAUGCCGCGAUCAAGUGCGCGCCGACUUCUCUACCUUCCCGGACAAGGUCGCCAUUCAGUUGAACGACACUCAUCCUUCCAUUGGAAUCCCUGAGCUGAUGCGACUGCUGGUUGACGUUGAAGAUCUGCCGUGGGAGGAGGCUUGGGAUAUCUGUGUGAAGACCUAUGCCUACACCAAUCACACGCUUCUACCCGAAGCUUUGGAGCGUUGGCCGGUCUCUCUUCUCCAAUCUCUCCUGCCCCGCCACCUGGAGAUCAUCUACGAGAUCAACCAUCACUUUAUGCAGGUGCUCUCAAAGAAGUACCCGGGCGACUUCGAUCGUAUGCGACGCAUGUCUAUCAUUGAAGAAGCGGAUCAGUUCGGAGAGAAGCGAAUCAACAUGGCCAGUCUCUGCAUCGUCUCCUCGCACGCGAUCAACGGCGUAGCGGCGCUUCAUUCGGAUUUGCUUAAGAGCCAGACGUUCAAAGACUUCUACGAGCUCUACCCGGAGAAGUUCCAAAACAAGACGAACGGCAUCACCCCGCGUAGAUGGCUCUUGUUGUCGAACCCUUCAUUGGCCGAUGUGAUCUGCGAGAAAAUCGGCGAGGAUUGGGUGACCAAUCUUGACGAGCUGCAGAAGCUGAAGGAAUUCGCCAACGAUGCUGCCUUCAUCGAUUCGAUUCGCAAGGUCAAGCAAGAGAACAAAUCCCGCGUGGCCCAAUAUCUCGAGGAUGAGUAUGGCGUCUCCAUCAACCGUGGAUCCCUGUUUGAUAUUCAUGUCAAACGAAUUCAUGAAUACAAGCGCCAGUUGCUCAAUAUUCUCCAUGUCAUCACUCUCUACAACAGGAUCAAGGCCGAUCCUUCUAUUAAGAUGGUACCCAGAACGGUGCUCUUCGGAGGAAAGGCUGCUCCGGGUUACCAUAUGGCCAAGCAGAUCAUCCGUUUGAUCACAGCUGUCGGUGAAACUGUCAACAACGACCCGAUUGUUGGAGAUAAAUUGAAGGUAAUCUUCCUUGAAAACUAUCGCGUGUCGAUGGCCGAGAAGAUCAUCCCUGCUGCUGAUCUUUCUGAGCAGAUCUCCACCGCGGGAACCGAAGCUUCGGGUACUGGCAACAUGAAGUUCCAGCUUAACGGUGGUUUGACCAUUGGAACGCUUGACGGUGCGAACGUCGAGAUGGCUGAAGAGAUGGGCAAUGAGAACAUCUUCAUCUUCGGAAUGACCGUCGAAGAAGUAGAAGCACUCGGAAAGAAGGGUUACCGCGCUGAAGACUUCAUCGAGAACAGCCCGGCCUUGAAGCAAAUCGUCCAGCAAAUUGAACUUGGCGCUUUCACACCGGAAGACGCUGGCCAGCUCCGUGAUGUCGCUAAUAUGCUCAGGCAUCAUGAUCGAUUCAUGGUCUGUGCCGACUUCGAAGAUUACCUGAAGUGCCAGGACCGUGUCGCCGCCACCUAUCAAGACCAGGACAAAUGGGGUCGCAUGGCUUUGAUGAACAUCGCCUCCACCGGCAAAUUCUCGACGGACAGGACAAUUUCCGAGUACGCACGCGAAAUCUGGGGCAUUGAGCCGAACGAGGAGCGCCUGCCCGCACCAUACGAGGGAGUCCCCGGCACCGAGAGCGAGGACAAA